AUUAAUUUAAAUCAUAAUUAGCAUGUGUUAAUGUUACUUUAAAGAUAAUUUGCUACAACACGGUAUUUCUGCACGACUCAUAUAUGAUAUACUUUAUCGCAUGCCCACACAUUGAAUCCUGUUGUGCGCAGGAAGCUCAUAAGUGUUUUCAUUGAAUAUCCUGGAGGGUAGGUACAGCCUUGGGCCUACUUUCAUGAUUGUUAAUCGAGACAAAGACAUUGGUGAAAUGAGGUCGAUUUGGUUCUCAGCAGUUGCUUUCUUCGUUUGUUUGGUUCCCGUCUUUUGUGGGAAGCAUCGCUCAUUGGAAUGGCAGAAAACACUCGACCAAGAAAGACUGGCGUCAUGGGAAGAGUUUAAACAAACACACAACAAGUCUUACAAAAGCGACAAUGAAGAAGAGAAACGAUUCUCCAUUUGGAUGACAACGGUGAAGUUCAUUGAACAUCACAACAUGGAGGCCGACAAAGGUCGCAGGUCGUUUUGGGUGGCGCCCAACCACUUUGCUGACUUGACAGAGGAUGAGUUUGCAUCUACAAUGUUGGGACUGCGUAUGGAGCCAUCGGAUGAGGCUACAGACACCGAACAGUCGUCAUCGGCUUCAUCAGAUGAUUUAAGUUACCUGCCACGUGAGGUGGAUUGGAGGUCAAAAGGAUAUGUGACCCCUGUCAAAAACCAGAAACACUGUGGUAGUUGCUACGCAUUUUCCGCCAUGGGAUCACUUGAAGGCCAACAUUUCCGGUCAACUGGAAUACUGGUGUCCCUAUCCGAACAAAACAUUGUGGAUUGUUCUUCUAACAACAAAUACCACAACAAGGGUUGCACAGGUGGCACGAUGAACAAGGCGUUCAAUUACGUCAUAGACAAUGGAGGUGUUGACACUGAGGAGAGCUACCCAUAUGAAGCUGAAGUCUCGGAGUGCAGAUACAAGACGGAAGGUCGUGGGGCUACUGUGCGUUCAUACCACGUCAUCACGCGUGGCAGCGAACUGGAACUGCAGCGAGCUGUAGCUGUUAAAGGACCGGUAUCCAUUGGAAUAGACGUACACGACAUGCAUUUUCGGUACUAUAGGACCGGGGUAUAUCAGAGUGGUUUCUGCAGCUCCACACAUCUGAACCAUGGGGUCCUGGUGGUAGGGUUCGGUACGAACGAGGGUGAUGAUUUCUGGAUUGUGAAGAACAGUUGGGGUUCUUCGUGGGGAGAUGACGGCUAUAUCAAAAUGGCGCGAAACAAGGACAACAUGUGCGGAGUAGCAAGCAUGGCUAGCUAUCCAAUAGUGUAAUUUGACCUCUGAGCUCACCGCACAACUUAUAAAAACAUUAAAAAAAAUAAAUACAUAAACAUCAAAAGCUUCGACGAUGCUUGUCUAGAUUUAAGGACGUAGGCUGCAGUUUUCAUGAAUGUAAUGUAAUUUGAUAUUUUUGGUAUUAAGCUAGAACAAUCUGUUGUGGAUAGAAAAAUGAAAUAAAAAUCACGGGUCA